CCACCUCCAUCUUGAGAUCAGAGCAUUGUUGAGGGUGUUUGGGUGUAAUCGAUUCGCCAUUUUUCAAAAAUGACCGACCAGCUUUGUAAACUUUUCGUCGGUGGGCUCAACGUGGACACCGACGACGAUGGCCUGCGCAAGCAUUUUGAGCAGUACGGCACGCUCACCGACUGCGUUGUCGUCGUGAACAAGCAGCUCCAGCGAUCUCGCUGCUUCGGCUUUGUAACCUACUCCACGCCGGAGGAGGCCGACGCGGCAAUGGCGGCUAGGCCGCACACCGUCGACGGCAACGCGGUCGAAGUGAAGCGAGCCGUGGCAAGAGAAGACGCAAACAAGCCCGAGGCCCUCGCUAAGGUGAAGAAAAUCUUCGUUGGCGGUCUGAAAGACGACAUCGAAGAGCAGCAUCUGACCGAAUACUUCUCCCAGUACGGGCAGGUCGAGAAGUCCGAAGUGAUCUCAGAGAAGGAGACCGGAAAGAAAAGGGGCUUCGGCUUUGUGUACUUCACCGAUCACGACGCGGCCGAUAAGGCGGUUGUCGUGAAAUUCCACACCGUCAAAGGACACAAAGUUGAGGUAAAGAAAGCCCUGACCAAACAGGAGAUGCAGGCAGCCAACAGAACCUCUAUGACACCGAGAGGUAGAGGCGGUAGAGGUAUGAGAGGAAAUCAAAAUGGCUACGGCAGCAGGGAUUAUGGCGGAAACUACAACUACGGUAAUGGCGGAGGCUACAACUGUGGCGGCUACGGAGGGUACGGCAGCGGGCCAUAUGGGGGUGGCUAUGGAGAUCAGGGAAGUGGCUAUGGCGGUGGCAACGGCUACAAUGAGUUUGGCAGCGGCUAUGGCCAGCAUCCUUCUGGCUAUGGCCCCAUGAAAGGACCACCUUUCGGCGGCCAGAGGAGCGCAGCUCCCUACACCAGAGGCGGCGGCGGUGGCGGCUACCCAAGGGGGGGCUACGGCGGCGGCUAUUAAAUGAGACUGCACGAUGGAAAGCAACCCCCACCAUUUUCCCACAAAUUGCCCUCUCCCCUCAGCCCGGAAUUGGACGCCAAGAGUCAAAGCCAGUAACGGGGCGUCUGCCGUGAAAUCCAACCAUGGCAGAGAUACGGACACAAAGACCCCCCCCCUAAAAUCAUUACGAAGACCUCCAAACCCAAACAGGUAGGAAGGUCACUUCCCAGAACACCUGAUUAUAACGAGAAGCGGUUGUUGCCGUUCAACUAGGACAUAUUAAGACGAAGAAUAACAUCGCUUUUUAUUAUGUACUCACGCCUCUGGCGUCUAGUUGUCGUCUAGAGUUGAAUUUAUUUUUUAUUUGCGUUCACUCGUUGUUUUUGGAUUUUUUUCGAUGUAGGAUUGUUUUGCUGACAAGUUCUGAUUUAUUUUUAAUAUUUGCAUUUUAAAGCAGUUCGUUUUCGAUUUUGUUUUUUUCUGCAGAAAACUUAGUGUGACUUUUCAAUGUAUGAGGAUGAGAAAGCAUGUUUAUGGUUUUUCAUAGCUAUGUCAUUAUUGAUAACGGACAUAUGUAUUAUUUACUUAUUGGGUCAUUCAGCAAAGGCGGGACGGGAUGCAGGACCACUGUUUCCUUCUCCCUUAUUGUACCAAACCUCUCAGCCAGUCUCAGUCUAAAUAUUGUUCAUGUUUCCUUUACCUGUAGCAAUAUCUAAUGUAUAUUGUAUACUUUCAUGUCUGGAGAACAAAACCUACUGUUAAAAAAAACAAUUUGCUAUGCUCAUGUAUGUUCAUUUUAAAUAAAACGUUAUACCACUUAGCUUAGUUAUUUUACUUAUUUAACCAGGCUUCCUCAAGUUCAUCCACAGGUAUAUAAGUGGCAUCACCUUGUUGCUCUUUAGUUACAUGGCAUCAUUCCCAGUUUAUUCCCUUACACUCAGGUGGGUGAAAUGGUUAAUGGUUGUAGUCUACCCACAGCCAAUGCAUGUAGGCUUUGUAGGGUGUGACGUUGUUUUAAAAUUAUGUGGUUCUUAGACAUUGCUAAUAACUCUUUAUUUUUCUUCUGAAUACAUAUAUUUAUGUGGACAUGAGGGCUCUGAUAUUUAUCUUUGAUUAUUCCUACAUUUAGGUGUUCUUACUCUUAUUCCAGUAGGCUAUCCCAGCCAAAAUAGCCGUAGCAGUUUGUUUGUAGGCUACAUCAGGACCCUGUUGAUUACCUGGGGUCGAUUGUGAUAGGAGUCUGAAAUAUCUCUUUAGGAUAUCCACAUCCAGCAAACUAGGUUGCUUCUGUAACCUGGGCACGAGGACGGUAACCCCCGAAACGAUGGGGGUGUGUGUCUCUCCAUGCUGACAGGGGGGACCAAAGAGUGGUUGUGCCUUCUUCCCCCACAGGAUGAUGGUGCUUGGCGAAUUCUGAUCACCCUGUAGGAAAAGGAAACUUAUGUUGGCUUUUCUUUUUAUGAAUUCACAAUAAAUCAAUAUAUUUUUGUAUAUCAA